UUACAAAUGUUAACUUGUAUAAUUGAUAGGCUAAUCGAUAGCCUAUGCAUGCAGUUGAAGAACAUGUCCCCCACCCCACCUAUGUCCACUAUUAUCACGAUGCAUACAAUGUAGUCUAUCAUUAUUCAAUUGAUGGGCCUAUUAUCAAAAAGAAGAAAACGUAUCCGUAUUCAGUUGCGUAUAGUCUGUGGCAGUGUGUACUGUACGCUCUCUAGCUCCACACAGUCGCACAUGAUGAAGAUGAAGCAGAGUUUCCUCAACGUUGGUAGCACACAAAUCCGGACCAGCAAAAACAGCUUUGAACCGGUUUGGUCUCCGGCAACAAAGCUAUAGGCUAUAAAACGAAUACUGUGCGCGUAGCUAAUGCUGCUGGGGGACCCGGGUCUGCCUCACCGGACCUCAGAUAUAGCCUAGCGGGCGCUCGGCAUCAGCCUGUGUUGUCGUAUAUAUUUUUUUCGAUUUCGAUUCAAUACAUAGUUAUUAUCGGGAUACCAACCAUCCUUCAUGGCAACUCCCUGUAGGCAAACGCGCACGUAUCCUGCAGUUGCAUGUUGUGCUUGUGGCUGUUAUUUUUUUUAUGUUGUUGAGGAACCCUCCCUGUUGAAGUUGUAAGAUCCAAGCAGACAGCAUGAGUCCUCAUACCUCAAAGAAAGCGCUGGAUGGAGGUUGGGGAUGGGUGAUCAUUGUGGCCUGCUUCAUGGCCCAGUUCCUGGCCUACGGCUCCCCCCAGUCGGUGGGCGUCCUGUACCCAGAGUGGCUCCACGCCUUCCAGGAGGGGAAAGGCAUGACGGCAUGGGUUGGCUCCUUGGUCUCUGGAGUGGGACUCAUAGCCAGUCCUGUCUGCAGUGCCUGUGUGGAUAACUUUGGGGCGCGCCCUGUGACUAUCUUCAGUGGGGUCAUGGUGGCAGGGGGCCUGAUGCUCAGUGCCUUCGCCCCAAACGUCCAGUUCCUCAUCUUCUCUUACGGGAUUGUCGUCGGUCUUGGCUGCGGUCUUGUCUAUGCUGCCACAUUGACCAUCACCUGUCAGUACUUUGACAAGAGACGUGGCCUCGCCCUCGGCAUAGUCACCACAGGCACAAGUGUGGGAGGGUUCCUCUAUGCCACGACUCAGAAUGAGCUGAUUGUUCUCUUUGGCCUGGAAGGCUGUCUGCUGAUCAUCGGGGCCUUGGCCCUCAACCUCAUGGCCUGUGCCGGCUUCAUGAGGCCCCUGAACAUGCCUGGCUACUACCUCAAACAGAAGGCUGCUCUGGAGCGCACAAAGGAGCAGCUCUUCAAGAAACCGCCUGCUGACGACCUCAAGACCACACCGGGCACUGGCGAGAAAAACCUGGCGGUCAAGGAUCACCUGAUCACCAUCGACGCCAAAGACAUCACCACACCUGACAACAAAGGGGAGUUCAUGGCAGGUUUAGCCAUUGUGAAAAUUAUCAAGAAGAAGCGUCAGGCUUACUCAAAGUACAUGCACUCCACGGCUGACUUCCUGCAUGACAGAAACUUCAUGGCCCUCUGCAUAGCUAUAUUCCUGUUCAGCCUAGGAGCCUUCCCUCCGGUCCUCUUCAUGGAGGACGUGGCCCAGAGUGAGGGCCUCAUCGACGAGGUCAGAAUCAUCCCCCUGGUCUCUAUUGUAGCCAUCACUACCGGUGUGGGCAAGCUGACCCUGGGCAUGCUAGCAGACAUAAGGUGGAUCAACAGUGUGUUCCUGUACGCCUUCACCCUGCUGGGGACCGGGACGGCCCUUCUCCUCAUCCCCAUCUCCAAGAGCUACGUAGGCCUGCAGGUCCUCUCAGCUGUGGUGGGCUUCUUCUCUGGGAACUGGUCCCUAACGUCAUACAUCACUACCAAGAUCGUGGGCCUGGACAAACUGACCCAAGCCCAUGGGAUCCUCAUGUUCUUUGGUGGAUUUGGGAUCAUGCUUGGGCCCCCUGUUGUUGGGUGGUUCUUUGACUGGACCCAGUCCUAUGACCUGGCCUUCUACUUCAGUGGAGGCUCUGUGCUCCUGGGUGGAGUCACACUCUUUCUGUGUGCUCUGCCCUGCUGGGACAAAAAGAAGGCUGACAUCGACAGGCCCGACAUUCAGUACGCCAGCAACUGUGACAAAGUUGCCUCUGUAGCCUGAACACUAACUUUCACAUCGACCUUGCUCUCAGCGAUUUUUGCUGAUAAGCUCUAUACCCUUCAAGAGGUUUCUUUUUCCCUGGUGCCAGAUUUCACAGAUGUGUACCUGAGAAGAGCUUUGAAGUAGGCCUUUUCUGUACAUCUUUAUUGUGUUUUUAAGACUUCUUACAUUAAACUACAGAAUUUUGAAAGAUGCCUAUGUUGAACAUUUUAAUAAUGGCCUCAUUUUAAGAGGCCUAUUCAACAAAAUUGUUUCUAAACAAAUUAAUACAAUAGAUUAUGUUUACUUAGAAUAAAUGUUGUUUUUUACAUUUCUGGAUCUUUACUUGGGUCAAAUGGAAAAGGCAUUUUCUUCUGGUGACCCUGUGGAGAAAUACAAACCAACAAUGGCCUGUGAAGAUGUUGGUUGAAAACACAAAAGGCUGUUCAAAUAUCUCAGCAUAUUGAAAUGUAUAACCAUGUAAAAUUUAAAUUCAAAAGAAUUUCCCAGGUAUUUACUGGAAAAAUACAGGGAUUGGAAAAAAACGAGGGAAUGCACUUUAAUGUACUCUUUUCAAUUCUAGCCGCACAAACUUUUUGUUUCUAUCUUACCAAAGCACCAGGAUGGUGGACGCCUGUCAACACAUUAUGCCUGAUGAAUACAAGUCUUGCUUUUUAAGUUCAUUGGCAUUGUACUGUAUUUUACUUGUACUGUCCAAACUUUUUUUGUUUGAGUUAAGGAGGUACUAAACACCUCACUUUGUCUUAACCGAACUAAGAACUUGCUGAAUAAUAUUCUGUGCAAAUACCAGAGACUGUACAGGAAUAAGGUCCAGUUCCUUAAACUAGUUUAUUGGUUCUUUGUGGCAUGACCCCUUUCCUGCAUUUGUUCACCAGGCUGGUCCUAUUCAUAAUGUUUUAAUGUGUUUUUUGCGUCUGUGCAUGUUUUUGUACAUUUUUUUUUGUACUAUAUUUUGUACGUUUCUUCAACUCUUUCAAUGUUUAUAAGCAACUUUGUAUACAUUUAUGCACUGAACCAGUCCCAGAUAUGCAUUGUAUGUAAAGAUGUCAUUCAUUAUUGCCAUUAUGAUUUUGUUAACAAAUAUAAUUGUAAUACCUGCUUUGUUAGUCACUUGAAGAUCCCAUUUAAAAAGUUAAAUAAACCACAACAUAUUUCAGUUUAUAUUCUUCCUCAAAUCUAAGACUACUGGGAUAUUGUUUUAUUCUUAGUCAAGCUUCUUUGUAAAAGUAUUUACAGGGUUGAAAUGAAAUACAAAAUAUCUGCGAUCCAAAAAGGUUAGAAACAGUAGAACUGUCACUUUAUAUGAUGUUGAUCCACUCUGUCUUAUUCUUUUUUUAAUGUCAGUGUUACAGUAUUUAUGUUUGCAAUAUUUCGCUCUUUCUAUUUUGUUAUUUUCAACAAAAAAGUUCCAAUAAAUGAAAUUCAAUAUUGUGA